AUGAGAGAGAUGGAGGCACUGGAGAAGAAAGGACAUAGAUCCUUGGCCAAACCAGUGAAGCCCCCCUACAAUACCCCAUCAAGACACAAGCAUUCCGAGAGCGAUUUAGAGGAGAAAAAUGCAAGGAUGCAUAGCCUUCUUCGCAGAAAGCGUCUAAUCACCCAAAGCCGAAUGGUAGAAACUCAAACUCUCGUCUGCAGAACGAAACCAACAAGGGAAUCCAUCCCAAGAGUGACACGCAAGACACCCUGA